CGUGGAACUUGACUGAGGCUCGCUCUCUCUCCAGCGGCGUCGGGUGUGGUGCCGGUACAGACCAUCGCUAUUGCUUCAAUUUCUGAAUCCGCAGUGCUCCCUCCUUCCAAGUUUUCUUGUGCUGCUACCACAUGGCGACUGCUAUCUUAGGAAGAUCCCUUUCGGGGCUGAGAUCGGUCCGACCAUCGAUUCCAAGGGCGAGCAAAACCCCAAUCUCUAACGCGUUCUUAAUAAAGAGGUUCUUGUGUUGCCUUGUUCAUCCGACGCUUUUCUCUGCGACUUCUGGCUCAUCGCAUUGUGUUGCAGUCAGUUCAGCCCAGACAUGCAAAGCUUCAUAUUCCACUCAAACGAUAACAACGACUGAACCAGUUGUUUCUGUUGAUCAGCUUCAUGAUAACCUUCGGGAUCCGUACCUGAAGGUUUUGGAUGCUUCCUGGUACAUGCCAGAUGAGAAAAGAAAUCCUCUACAAGAAUAUCAGAUGGCUCAUAUUCCUGGUGCACUGUUCUUUGAUGUUGAUGGUAUAUCAGAUCGGAACUCUAGUUUGCCACAUAUGCUGCCAUCUGAGGAUGCUUUUGCAGCUGCUGUUUCUGCCCUUGGCAUUCAGAAUCAAGAUGGUGUGAUUGUUUAUGAUGGAAAGGGUUUAUUCAGUGCAGCUCGUGUUUGGUGGAUGUUCAGAGUCUUUGGUCAUGACAGAAUUUGGGUUUUGGAUGGAGGCUUGCCAAGAUGGCGAGCUUCUGGAUAUGAUGUUGAAUCCAGUGCCUCUGAUGAUUCGAUUGUCAAGGCUAGUGCUGCAAGUGAAGCAAUAGAAAAGGUCUACCAAGGAAAAGCAGUUGUCCCUACAUCUUUUCAAGCAAGGUUUCAACCACAUUUGAUUUGGUCGCUUGAGCAGGUUAAGCAAAACAUUGAAGAGAGAACACACCAGCAUAUUGAUGCCCGUUCAAAGCCUAGGUUUGAUGGUAUAGCUCCUGAGCCCCGAAAAGGUGUACGAGGUGGUCAUGUGCCAGGCAGUAAAUGCAUUCCUUUCCCAAAGAUGAUAGAUGACAAUCAGUGCCUACUACCCACAAGUGAGCUUACACAAGUAUUUGAGGGAGAAGGUUUGUUCCUUGAUCGUCCUGUUGUGGCUUCUUGUGGAACUGGUGUUACUGCUUGCAUACUUGCAUUGGGGCUCCAUCGCCUUGGCAAAACCGAUGUUCCAGUGUAUGAUGGCUCUUGGACUGAAUGGGGAGGACAUCCCGACACACCAGUUUCCACUGCUUAACUGCUUUCACCUUGGUUAUGGCUUCUCCCAGAAUGUUGUGGGGAUGUAUGGCUGAAUCUACCAAGGCCAAGAUAAACAUCUUUUCUAGUCACUGUUUCAAAUGGGAAGACAAUUCUUCUAUUUCUGUAUGAGUUGAACAAAUCAGAAGACAGGAAGUGUCCAUCUUGCUGAUCAGCUGAAGCUUGAUAAGCAUCCCCAAGUCGUUAGAACUGCGCCUUUCCCUGGCUUGGAUGCAUGCAAAUUCUUGGAUUACGCCAAUUUGUUUGUCACCAACUAAAGAUUAAUGUAUCUCUAAGGUUGUAUAAUAAUUCACUGCUUCAUUCUACAAA